CAAAAAACGACAAAUUUUGCCGUCGUUUUGCGUAACUCAAACCAACCUAUCACCUGGGGAAAAAAUUAGGGAUCGGCUUCACGUCCGCGGCUCAUAGAUUUCUCGGAAAAUUGUUCACGGUUUGUUCAGUGAUUCUCAAUUCCGCUGCGUAGUAUUAGCUUCCUGGAGAUCUAACGUUUUCCGAAAUUGAAUUGGGCGGUGGGAAAGUUUCUUACUUGAGUCGAUCUUGUGAUGUUUCGAUCAAAUCUAUGAUCUUUCGAGAGUUAUGAAAAGUUUUGGUUGAUGCCAAGUUUUCGAGAGAAGAUAUAAAGAGCGCCCACGAAAAAGGUCGUGCUUUGGUGCAACUAGACCAGGUUCUCAUACCACGUUUUGAUUCUUUAGGUUCCCUGUGAAGCAUCACCGGGAAAUAACAACAAAUGGAUUACCGACCUUCUGAUAGUAGUGGUACGGAUGAUGACCUACCUCCAUCACAUCAAAGUAGAUAUCAAAGAAGCGGGAGACCUGCUGGUAACGGCAGGCCUUCGGUUCUCAACUCUGCUCCUUUAUCAAGAGUGCACAGUGACAUGGAAACUCAAAUUCAUCUCAUCGAGCAAGAAGCCUAUAGCUCAAUACUCCGUGCAUUCAAAGCCCAGUCUGAUGCUAUCACUUGGGAGAAAGAAAGUUUGAUCACUGAGCUCAGAAAAGAACUUCGAGUGUCUGAUGAGGAACACAGAGAGCUGUUAUCAAGGGUUAACGCUGAUGAAAUGAUCAGGCGAAUAAGGGAAUGGAGAAAGGGUAACAGUGUUCCUCAGAUGGUUCAUGAUAAUGCUCCGAGUCCAGCUGUUUCAGGAUCACGUAAGAAGCAAAAGACAUCACAAUCAAUGGGCCCUCCAUCUCCUGCUCUGCACCCAUCAAUGCAACCGUCUUCUUCUGCGCUAAGAAGGGGAGGCCCUCCUCCACCAGGUCCAAAGACCAAGAAGCCAAAGACUGCAAUGCAGUUCCCAGCUACAGGCAUUGCUGGGAGGCCCCAGGGAGGUGCAUUGACCAAUGAACCAGGUGAAGAAGGAUCAUAUGACCCGUUGAUUGGAAAGAAGGUAUGGACAAAGUGGCCUGAGGACAACCAUUUCUAUGAAGCCGUUAUUACCAACUACAACCCCAUUGAGGGGCGGCAUGCUUUAGUGUAUGACAUUAGCACUCCGAAUGAAACUUGGGAAUGGGUAAAUCUUAAAGAGAUAUCUCCGGGAGAUAUCAGAUGGGAAGGUGAGGAUUCUGGGGUUUCUCGUAAAGGAGGACAUCCUGGGCAAGGCCGUGGAAGUGCAAAGGCCAUGCCUCGUGGUGGUCCUACAGGCAGAGGUAGGGGAAACAUGAAGAUACAGCCGCACAAGGCACAGAAUGGCAUUGGGAAGAAAGCUUUAGGCGAUAUCGAAAUACUCCACACUGAUACACUAAUAAAAGAGAUAGAAAAAGUUUUUGGAUCAGUUAACCCCAACCCAGCAGAGGUAGAGAAAGCAAAGAGAGUGCUAAGAGAUCAUGAGCAAGCUCUUGUGGAUGCAAUUGCAAAGCUUGAAGAAAUGUCAGACGGAGAAAGCGGUAAUAUUUGAGUCAGGGCCUUAUAAUCUUCUCAGGUUCACUACUAACGCAGAUGAAGUCUGGCCAAAAGGUGUAGAUGGUGGUGGCAAUGUGAAUCGAUGAGGGAGAUUUUGGAAACUUGUAUGGUUAAAAAGCAAAUUGUAUUUUGUUUAGGAAGAUGAUUUGUAGUGACCUCUGUGUGCCACAUAACUCCAGUAACUGGAUCUGCAAAUUAGGUCUUGAGCAUUGUAAAAUUCACCAAGACUUCAUAUAAAUGUAGAAUGUUGCAUAGACUUGUAAAACUCAUUGUUACAAGGAUGAGAGAGGUAGCAAACGUUAUAUGCUCAAA